AUUUCCAUUAGAUUGGAUUGGAGGGAUAAACAAAGCAAACACGUGGGCCACUCGGCAAUGAGUCUCAAGUCUAAAGAGUCUUGUUCACCACGCCACUCUUCUUCUUGUUGUAGAUAUUCCCUCACUUCACAACUUGAGACAAGAGCAGAGAAGCCGCUUCAAUGUCUAAAGAUGACAACUCUUCUUCUCAGGAUUCUUCAUCUGACCUUGAAUUUUCUCUCUCCCUAUGCCCCCGCUAAUUCCUCCUUCACUUCUCUUCCCAUUACCGCUCCCAGUCAAGUUGUUGGAUGGCCUCCCCUUGGAGCAUAUAGAAUGAACAGCUAUAAUAGCCAUGCAAAAUCACCAGCCACAGAAGUAUUCAAUUCUACACUUGACAAAAGAGCAAGCAAUAGUGCUGGGGUUAGGAAGAGUGCAGAUGGUGGCAGUGAUAGUAGCAACAUUAUUUCCAAAGAAAAAGGAAACCUCAGGACUUCCCUGUUUGUGAAAGUAAAAAUGGACGGGAUACCAAUCGGAAGGAAGGUUGAUUUGGGUGCUCACGAUUCUUAUGAAACCUUAGCUCAAACCUUGGAGGAUAUGUUUGAUGAAUCAACUACAGUCCUCACUCACAAAGUAGGAUCAAAUGGAGAAGAUCAUGGUACUGAAGUUGGAACAGAUGGGCAUUCAAAAUUGCUGGAUGGUUCUUCUGACUUUGUGCUCACUUAUGAAGACAAGGAAGGAGACUGGGUGCUUGUUGGAGAUGUUCCUUGGUGGACUCUAUAUGAAUAAUUGAUGGUGCCAGAAAUUAGCUGCAAGAUAUAAGACUUAAAUAUAUAACUAUUUGGUACUGAUUGCACGGCCUAUUCGAAUAUCAUAACACUCAAGCCACCAUUCAGUGCACUAUCCAGCAUAUCAUUUACUAGAGUUCACCACGUCAUGGCCUUUUUUUGGAACAAGGGCAAUGGUGUGAGCAAUUGUAACUAGAACAAAUCUUGAGAUUUGAGAAUUGCAAUUGAUUUAUUGAGGCGUAGGACCUCUUGUUUUAUCUAGUUUGAUAUUUUUCUACCUUUGUCCUUAAAAUUGC